AUGCUUGUCGUAACUUCAGAAGGACAACUACGACGCUGGCGUGAGCACUUUGACGAAACUUUUCGUCCCUCAGUAUUGUCCUCGUCUGGUGCCCCACAAGACACAUCUCCACCUCUCAGGCCACUUGACAUCAAUGACGAACCACCUACAUGUGAUGAAGUAGUGAGGGCAGUCAUGGCUCUUCAGAUUAUUAAAGCACCAGGUGUUGACUUAAUUACUGCAGAAAUGUUUAAGGCGGAUUUGGCUACCACAGUCGACACGCUGACACCUUUGAUUGACAAAAUAUGA